UCGAAAACAACUCCUCACUAAACACAGAGUGGAGAGAAACUGUCAGUCAGGAUUUAUGGGCACUUUAAAGCUCCACUCAGAAGCGGAGUCCGGGUCCGUCAGCCCCGCGUUUCCCCGCGCUCAGCUGGCAUGACAGGCUCCAGAUUCUCGCUCUUUCGCCGUGCGGAUCUUUAACUUCACCCAGAGACUCUCAGACACGGGUUUUAAGAGUCCAGCUUUUUUUAAAAAAAUAAAGAAGAAGCGCCAUAAACAUGCCUGAAGAUCCUCUACCGGUUACUAACGGCGGGGGAGCGAAAACAUCAGCGCGUGGGACCCGAUGAGAGAGAGCGCUGCUGCUGCUGGAGCUCCGGGUUAAUUUAUUCAGAAAACAGAGAAACGCGGUGAAUCCGGGUGAACUGAGCCGGAUAUUAGAGUUCUGUCCGCGGCUAAAAUGGAUUUGAGGACGCUGGGCUGCGUCCUGCUCUUACCCCUCCAGCUCCUUUACCACACACUGCGGGCGGGCGUGCGGCUCCUGCUGCCCGGCAGGAGGAGAGACCUGAGCGGCGACGUGGUGCUGAUCACCGGGGGGGGACGGGGCAUCGGUCGCCACCUAGCUAAAGAGUUUUCCCAGUCUGGAGCUAAGAAGCUGAUCCUCUGGGGACGCACUGAGAAGUGUCUGAAAGAGGCGUGUGAGGAGAUAAACCACAUGGGGACUGAGUGCCACUACUUUGUUUGCGAUGUGGCCAACAGAGAGGAAGUGUACAAGCAAGCCAAGGUGGUACGAGAAAAGGUUGGCGAUGUCACCAUCUUGGUCAAUAAUGCAGCAGUGGUUCAUGGGAAGAGUUUGAUGGACAGUGAAGAUGAUGCCCUCCUGAAAUCUCAGCAUGUAAAUACAAUGGGACAGUUUUGGACUACAAAAGCAUUCUUACCUCGUAUGCUGGAACUACAGAAGGGUCACAUGGUCUGCGUGAACUCCAUCCUGUCUCUGUCACCAAUACCUGGUGCUAUAGACUACUGCACCUCAAAAGCUUCAUCUCUGGCCUUUAUGGAAAGCCUGACCCUUGGCCUGCUGGACUGCCCUGGUGUUGGCUGCACCACCGUGCUCCCAUUUCACACCAACACUGAGAUGUUCCAGGGCAUGAGAGUGAGGUUUCCCAAACUCUUCCCACCCCUCAGGCCAGAAGUGGUUGCACAGAGAACGGUGGAUGCAGUUCGGACCAACACAGCCUUCGUCUACCUUCCAUGGAGCAUGCAUGCACUGGUUUUCCUCAAAAGCAUCUUACCGCAGAGUGCUUUAGCAGAAAUCCACAGGUUCUCGGGAACCUACACAUGUAUGAACACGUUUAAGGGACGAACAUAAGAGCCGAGCCGGGGUGGAGGAGUUUCUCUGUGAUAAUGAAGACGGGGGAUUUCACGUCGGUGUUUCGCUCCUGACUGGUGAGAACAGACAGUUCCUGAAUCAGACGAGUCGACUGUCCUUCUGUAAAGACACUGAACGGAGCAUAAAAAAGGAUUUGGAAAAUGGUGAAGAACAUGAAGUGCAGAAAAUGUUGCUUUAGUUCGGACUGCAGCAGGACAGGCUUUGGGACAGCUUUGACCUGUGUGUGAGUGUGUGUGUGCAUGGACUGGUCUUAAGAAAGCUGUCUCACGCCGCUGUAUCUUCCUCUGCCCGUUUUAUUAGAAAGCUAAUGUCACUGUAAAUUGAUCAUUUGAUAAAAAUGCAGUUUCAAGAACAUUUUUUAUAUUCUGAUAGAUUUGGGUGUGUAAAACUAAAAGGGUGUGGGUGUCCCUGAUUCAUUUUGUGCUGCGGUGUUGCCAGAUUGGGUGGUUGUCUCUCAACAAAAGUGACAGAUCUGCAGUUGGUUCCAAACAUGAGCUCGAAGUCUAUGUGGGUUUUUUAUACAUUUUUAUCAUUUUUUUGACUUUAUAAGAAAAUGAAAUAAAUUAAUGAAAUAAAUAUGGGAAACUAUAUAUAUUUGUAUCUUUUUCAAAUGUAUUAAUUGAACUAAAAUGGGCUGCGUGGAGGUUGAAGCCAGACAAUGUAAAGCAACUGUGAAGCAACAUCAAUGGACAGCUAAACAUGCUAAACAUGCUAAACAUGCUUGAAGGAAAAUGCUAAUAGACAAAUCUAAUACCUGAACUAACAGAUGCUGAUAAACAGUGCUGCAUUCCACACAUCAUCUGCAGCUUUCUGUAUUUCUGCAUAAAUUGCAUAAAAUGUGAUUUUCUAAAAAUCUUUAAACAUUACAAUGAUAUUCUACCUGUUUUAUGCCAUUUCCACUAACAAGCUAAAGAACACUGUAGUAAUAUGUGUACAGGGUCUCCUGCAUUAAAUAUGGAUGUGCUUGUCUGCAGCUGCAGCUAUCAAUUAUUUUAGUAAUCGAGUACUCUACUGAAAACAUAUGAAAACAUAAAAUGAAAGAUUUCAUAAAAUAAGAAAAUUUAAAUAAUGAAUGACCAAUUGGUUUCAUUUUUAAAUUAACAACAUAUUUUUCCACAUUGCAAACACAAAUAGAAAUAAAUAAAACACAAACUAGACAUAAAUGCCACAAGUAAUAAUUUAAUAAUUAAUAAUUUAAUAAAUUAUUAUUAUACAUGCAAAUAUAGCAUUUCACUAAAGCCAAGAUAGAUAGAACCCCAUUUUUUUUUUAUACUAAACCAAUUCUAUGCCGUGAAGAUGCUAGCAUUACUGCUGCUGUGUGCUGAUUGGUUUGCUGAUGCUGGAGACACAGGCAGAGUAAAAGGUUUAAAAGGUUUUUAACUGGAGCUUAAAAAACGUACAAAAUUAUGUCUUCAGUAUUAAAACCAUUCACACUGUUCUGUAUUAAGAAAACAAGGAAAGUAUUUCAAUAUAAAAAUGAUCAGAUGUUUAUAAAAUUUGCUCAAUUGCUCUGUUUGAAUCCAUUCGUUUUGUAACCCACUUUAAGUGGGUAUUCUACUCUCUAGAGAUUAGUGUAUAAUGCGUGUAUAAUACAUAUUACACAUAUCACUACAUUUA